CGCGAGGAGCGCAGGGGCGGAGCCGGCGGGAGAGGAGGUGGAGAGCCGGGCCGAGGGGAGGGCAGCCCGGGAAUUCCCUCCUCCCGAAGUAGCGAGUCCCGGGCCGGCUGUGCCGUCGUCGCCGCUGCCGGGCGCCCCGGGACGAGGAGGUGGAGGAGGGAGAGGGCCCGUGGGCCUCGCCUCCGUCCGCCGCCCCCUCCCCGCCAGCCCGAGCCGCCGCAGCCCCGACUCAUGAGAGCGCGGCCGGAGGGCAGAUUUGAUAAUGGGCUGCAUUAAAAGUAAAGAAAACAAAAGUCCAGCCAUUAAAUACAGAACUGAAAACACUCCAGAGCCUGUCAGUACAAGUGUCAGCCAUUAUGGAGCAGAACCUUCAGCAAAGGGAACAUCGGUUAAUUUCAGCAGUCUUUCCAUAACACCAUUUGGAGGAUCCUCAGGGGUGACACCUUUUGGAGGAGCAUCUUCCUCAUUUUCAGUGGUGCCAAGUUCAUAUCCUACUGGUUUAACAGGUGGUGUUACUAUAUUUGUGGCCUUAUAUGAUUAUGAAGCUAGAACUACAGAAGACCUUUCAUUUAAAAAGGGUGAAAGAUUUCAAAUAAUUAACAAUACGGAAGGAGACUGGUGGGAAGCAAGAUCAAUUGCUACAGGAAAGAAUGGUUAUAUCCCUAGCAAUUAUGUAGCACCUGCAGAUUCCAUUCAGGCAGAAGAAUGGUAUUUUGGCAAAAUGGGAAGAAAAGAUGCUGAAAGAUUACUUCUCAAUCCUGGAAAUCAACGAGGUAUUUUCUUAGUAAGAGAGAGUGAAACUACUAAAGGUGCUUAUUCCCUUUCCAUUCGUGAUUGGGAUGAGGUAAGAGGUGACAAUGUGAAACACUACAAAAUUAGGAAACUUGACAAUGGUGGAUACUAUAUCACAACCAGAGCACAAUUCGAUACUCUGCAGAAAUUGGUGAAACACUACACAGAACAUGCUGAUGGAUUAUGUCACAAGUUAACAACUGUGUGUCCAACUGUGAAACCUCAGACUCAAGGUCUAGCAAAAGAUGCUUGGGAAAUCCCUCGAGAAUCUUUACGACUAGAGGUUAAACUAGGACAAGGAUGUUUUGGUGAAGUAUGGAUGGGAACAUGGAAUGGAACCACAAAAGUAGCAAUCAAAACACUAAAACCAGGUACAAUGAUGCCAGAAGCUUUUCUUCAAGAAGCUCAGAUAAUGAAAAAAUUAAGACAUGACAAACUUGUUCCACUUUAUGCUGUUGUUUCUGAAGAGCCAAUUUACAUUGUCACUGAAUUUAUGUCAAAAGGGAGCUUAUUAGAUUUCCUUAAGGAAGGAGAUGGAAAGUAUUUGAAGCUUCCACAACUAGUCGAUAUGGCUGCUCAGAUUGCUGAUGGUAUGGCAUAUAUCGAAAGAAUGAACUAUAUUCACCGAGAUCUUCGGGCUGCUAACAUUCUUGUAGGAGAAAAUCUUGUGUGCAAAAUAGCAGAUUUUGGUUUAGCAAGAUUAAUUGAAGACAAUGAAUACACGGCAAGACAAGGUGCAAAAUUUCCAAUCAAAUGGACAGCUCCUGAGGCUGCACUAUAUGGUCGAUUUACAAUAAAGUCUGAUGUGUGGUCAUUUGGAAUUCUGCAAACAGAACUGGUAACAAAGGGCAGAGUGCCAUAUCCAGGUAUGGUAAACCGAGAAGUGCUGGAGCAGGUGGAACGAGGAUACAGGAUGCCCUGCCCUCAGGGCUGUCCAGAAUCCCUCCAUGACUUGAUGAAUCAGUGUUGGAAGAAGGACCCUGAUGAAAGACCGACGUUUGAAUAUAUUCAGUCCUUCUUGGAAGACUACUUCACUGCUACAGAGCCACAGUACCAGCCAGGAGAAAAUUUAUAAUCCAAGUAGCCUAUUUUAUAUGCAGAAAUCUGCCAAAAUGUAAAGAACUUGUGUAGAGUUUCUCACUUAUGUACAGGAAUCAAAAGAAGAAAAUCUUCUUUACUCUGCAUGUUUUUAAUGGUAAACUGGAAUUCCAGAUAUGGUUGCACAAAACCACUUUUUUCCCUCAUGUGUUAAACUCUAAAGAACCAGUGAUGAAUUUUCCAACUUAUUUCAGGGUCCAAAGAAAACAGAACUAAGAUACUAAUGACAGUAGGGGUGAUAGCAUGGUAAUGAAGAACAGCAAGGCUACUGCUUAAAAAUCAUUUCCUUUCUUCCCCAAACUCAGAAUUGUUAAGGGAAAAUUAUUUAUUGUUAUAGACAAAACUUGGGAGAUAAAAAGUUAUACCAUAAUAAAAUCUAAAAUUAAGAAACGUCAUAGGACCAAAUAAUUCCAUUCCAGUUUUUGAAAAUUUCUUCAAUUUAUCAUUUUCAAAAGUUUUUCAUUAAACAGUAUGCAAUCUUAAUAUAUAUGCCUCCUCUUGCAUGGAAAUGGGCCAGGGUUUUCAGAAACUUAGGAAUAUAAACAGCAUCUAAAACUUGAUUAAAUGUUAGACCACAACAGUGGAAUUUGAAAGUAUAAUGCACUAUGUUAUCACUCAUAUUCAUGGAACCGGAAAGUAGAAUAAGAAAAUUUUCGGUUCAGUCAUUUUCUGAAUAGUUCAAUUUGGAAUAAUGAAGGUAACUAGAAAAUGAGUUAGUCUUUUAUAGGGUUGCCUUGAUUUUUUUUUAAGGUAAUAUAUAAUUGAAAUUGAACUAUCCAAGCCAAGGGGAAAUCUUUUAAUCUUUCAAGAGCAUGAAAAGUAAGACCCAGCUUUUAAUUAAAUAGUCCUUUUGUUAAAAAAAAAAAAAUAGACUUGGUACCGUGAGAUGUUGCUAUUAUGUUUUUACGGUGAUGGGUGCCACACAUAGAAACUAUCACAAGAUCCAGGGACUUAAAUGCACUUUUGAUUGUAUUGAAUAUAGACAGAGAGGAAAACGUAUUUAAAAGAAUUAUGGGAAAAGAAAAUGUGAAAGUUUUACAGGUAGAGGGAUGGAAUGUAAUGUUUAAUGUUGAUGCCAUGGAGUGACAAAAUAGCUUUGCUGGCACUCAAAGCUCCUCACUUAGCUAUUUUCUGAGACUUUAAGAGUUAUAAGGUAGGACUAUAAAACUAAUUUUUCUUAACAUGUACACUAAAUGAGUGUCAUAGCCUCAAAAUAGUGAAGUUAAGCCUUCACACUAAUUCCAGUGAGACACAGUUUUAUGCAAAGCAUUUUUAGAACUCCAGUUUCCAAAUCCCUGUUUGAAUCUACAGUCACUUUUUAAAUACACUUUACUGGUGAUCAUUUUUUCCCUUUUAGAUUAUAGUUUAUUUGGGGAGGAAAAAUUAUUCUGAAUAGUAACAGUAGUGAAAAGGGGAACAAUUUUUGCCCAUUUCAAGUGCAAAAGUGAAACAUACAAAAUAAGAUUGAUUUUUAUGAUUAAAUCAGAAAGCAAUUCCAAAAUAUGAAUUCAAAUAGCAGUAUUCUGCUUUAAGUGUCUAAGGAAUGGAAGAAGUGAAUCUGAUAAAUAAAAGUCUGGUAUUUGUGUUUUUAAAAUAUUCCUUUAUAGUCCACACUUUAAAUAAAGCAUUAUGUCAGGUUCCUAUAUUUUCAGGGUAUCAUUUUUAACUACCGUCACUUACCUGAUUUAAUGAAUAACUUUAAAAUUCUGUGCCAUGGUAUAUGUGUUCAAAUUCAAAGUAUUUUAAAAUGUGACAAAUGAACAUCAUGCAAGUUGGCAAUGGUUUUGGUACUAAAAAUUGUGGUGGUUAUUUCUGUUUACGUAACCUGCUUAGUAUUGAAUUCCUCUAUCAAGGGGGUCUUCGUAAGAGGAGUAUCAUCAUAAUUUACCCUUAACAUCUACAAUUUGUGACAGAUUUUUAAAAGGCUUUAUGUAAACUAUGAUAUUGUAAUUUUUCUAAGCAUUUUUAAAAAGGUAACAAAUUAUGUACUAAUUAUGAUCAGAAAAAUAAGCCAGGAAAAGUUGAUGGUGUUCAUUAGGUUUUAACUGAAUGGAACAGUUCCUUAUAAUAACAAUUGUAUAGUAAGGAUAAAACACUAACUUAAUGUGUAUUCAUUUUAAGUUGUUAUGUAUUUUUAAAUUGCCAAGAAAAAUAAACAACUUUGUACAUUUGAAGAUUUCUUCCAACAGCUUUUUGUUUUCAGUGUCUUAAGUGGAACUUAACCUUUACCAAAAAAGGAAGUUGUCAAAAACAGCCUAGCACACUUUUUUUAAUGAAUAAUGGUAGCCUAAAACUUAAUAUUUUUAUAAAGUAUUGUAAUAUUUUGUGGAUAAUUGAAAUAAAAAUUCUCAUUGAAUGCA